GAAACGUUUUUCUCAUUGCCGGAAGCAGUAUGGUGGACGAAGCAACUAAAAAAAGUUUGGCUCAGAUUCCUUUGCUUAAAACAAAGGCAGGACCUAGAGAUGGGGAACUUUGGGUUGGAAGACUAAAGGAGGAAUAUCAGUCCUUAAUAAAAUAUGUACAGAAUAACAAAGAUUCAGACAAUGAUUGGUUUCGCUUGGAGUCAAAUAAAGAGGGGACCCGUUGGUUCGGAAAGUGCUGGUAUUUCCACAACCUGCUGAAGUAUGAGUUUGAUGUUGAAUUUGAUAUUCCUGUCACCUACCCAACAACAGCGCCAGAAAUAGCUUUACCAGAAUUAGACGGGAAAACUGCAAAAAUGUAUCGGGGAGGAAAGAUCUGCCUGACGGACCACUUUAAGCCUCUUUGGGCAAGAAAUGUUCCCAAGUUUGGAAUUGCCCAUGCUAUGUCUCUUGGGCUUGGGCCAUGGUUGGCUGUAGAAAUUCCAGAUCUUGUUGAUAAAGGAAUCAUCACCCACAAGGCAAAAGAGGAAGCAGCAGCAUGAUGAUAGUGCCCCUAGAACUGUGAUUUUCAAAUGUUAUAGAUGCAUCAGAUGUUGUAUUCUAUCAAAUAGCCUUUUUGGCAGAUCAGAUUUGGUGCAAUCAACCAAGAAAUAUAUAAAGUGUUCGUUCUAUGUGUACUGAACAACGAAUUAGGUCUGCAUUAGCCAUGUGCAAUCCAGUGCCUAUUUAAUUGUUUAGUAGACAAACAAUGAAUACAUACUUUCUUAGUGUUAACGCAAAUGUCUCUAUUUUAGCCUUUAUACAUGAGCACACUUCCAUAAAACAUACUUAAAUAAACUAAUUAGUGACUAAAUGGAAAUUAAGGCAUCGCUUUUGUCAGGAGCAUCCAGAAUUAUUAAAUCAGCAUCAAACGGAGAUCCCAUGAUUGGUAAGAAGGUUUAUGCAAACACUUCAGUGCAUUCAGCUCUGAGAUUGUUGAUGAUACUGUUCAGCUUACUAAACAUUCAGAUAAUAAUUAGUUAAAAUUGACAUAUAACUAUGUCCAGAUAAAUCUUUUAGAUCAUCUCUUACUUCUUGUUAAAUUAAAAAAAAAUAUAUGUUGAUUUGUAUCUCUACAGAUAGUUGUACCAUGUUCGGUUAAGUGUUCAGAAGUGAUUUUUAAAUCAUGUCUGUAAUAUCAUCGUGAAAAAAUAUUUUUAAGAAGUUGUUUUGUCUACUGGAUUAGCUUAAAACCUCUUUGACUGAUUUUAUAUGUUUAUUUAAUUUGAACUAAUCUAUUUCUGUUACUUUUCUGAAAAAAUAAACAAACCAAAUGG